AUGGAUUUGAAGAACUGCAUAUUGCUUGUGUCCUUAGCCUUAGCAAUGGUGAUCGGCCUCUCUGAUGGGUUCGAUUUCAACGAGAAGGACCUAGAAUCCGAAAACAGUUUAUGGGACCUCUAUGAACGGUGGCGUAGCCAAUAUACUGUCUCGAGAAGCCUAGAUGAGAAGCAAAAGAGGUUCAAUGUUUUUAAGGAGAAUGUAAAGCAUGUCCAUCAAGUUAAUAAGAUGGAUAAGCCUUACAAGCUUAAAUUGAACCAGUUUGCUGACAUGACAAACUUAGAGUUCCGUACUCACUAUGCGGGGUCAAAGACUCGCCAUCAUCGAAUGUUAAAUGGCAAGAAGACGAGUGAAAGUUUCAUGUAUGCAAAUGCCGAUAAUAUUCCUCCUUCCAUUGAUUGGAGGAAGAAGGGCGCUGUUACUCCAAUCAAGAACCAAGGCCAAUGCGGAAGUUGUUGGGCAUUUUCAACGGUCGGAUCAGUUGAAGGUAUAAACCAAAUAAAAACAGGGAAGUUGGUGUCAUUGUCCGAACAAGAGCUUGUCGACUGUGAUACCUCACAGAACCAAGGAUGCAAUGGUGGUCUGAUGGAUUUGGCGUUCGACUUUAUUAAGCAAAAAGGCGGUCUUACCACUGAAGAAAACUACCCUUACCGAGCUGAAGAUGGAAGAUGCGACAAAUUAAAGAUGAACAAUCCAAAGGUAUCUAUAGAUGGGCAUGAAGAUGUGCCUGAGAAUAAUGAAGGCGCUUUGCUUAAAGCUGUUGCCAACCAACCUGUGUCCGUGGCCAUUGAUGCUGGUGGUGAUGAUUUGCAAUUCUAUUCAGAGGGAGUGUUCGAUGGAAAAUGUGGAACAGAAUUAGAUCAUGGUGUUGUGGUAGUAGGCUAUGGAACAACAGUUGAUGGAACCAAAUACUGGAUAGUGAAGAACUCAUGGGGAGAAGGUUGGGGAGAGAAGGGUUAUAUAAGGAUGAAGCGCGACAUCUCUGACAAAGAAGGAUUAUGUGGAAUUGCAAUGGAAGCUUCAUAUCCAAUCAAGAACUCUUCCAACAAUCCUAAUGAGUACUCCACCAAGGAUGAACUUUAA